UAACUAUAAAAAAUGAGAGCUUCAACUCAUUCUAGAGGUCGAAGAAGAAGAAGCAUUCAUUUAUCUUGAGAGCUCCAACAAUAUUUGAGUAGUGAAAUUUGAGAUAAAAGGUUGAAUCUUUGAGCUGAGAAUGAGUGAAGCUAUCCAAAAAUCGAAGCCAAAGCGCGAGAGCGAUUCCGGGGAUUCAAGCUCAGUUGCGAAGAAGCUGAAAAUCGAUCAAAGCCAAAUCCCAGAAGUUGAUUCGAGUGGAAGUGAGGCAAAUCCAGAUGCGAGGGAAAUGGGUUUUGAAAUCGAAGCUGAGGUAGCAGAGGAUAAGGGGUUAAGGCACGCCAUGGAGGACGCGUGGGUUCUGCUCUUGGAUGCGAGCUUGGGUUUUCAGGGAAACUUGAGGUGUGCACAUUUUGCGAUUUAUGAUGGGCAUGGAGGUCGAUUGGCUGCAGAGUAUGCUCAGAAGCAUUUGCAUUCGAAUGUGCUUUCGGCUGGGUUACCACGUGAGUUGUUGAAUGUGAAAGCAGCUAAGAAAGCCAUUCUUGAUGGUUUUCGGAAAACUGAUGAGGCUAUUCUUCAAGAAAGUGCUGCAGGGGGAUGGCAAGACGGUGCUACAGCUGUAUGUGUUUGGAUAUUAGGAAAAACAGUAUUUGUUGCUAAUAUUGGGGAUGCAAAAGCUGUGGUAGCAAGAUCAUCUCCUGUUGAUGGAUUGCAAAAUGGUUCUGAUGAAGCACGUCUUUUGAAGGCCAUUGUUUUAACAAGAGAACACAAAGCCAUCUAUGCACAGGAGCGUGCUCGUAUUCAGAAGGCUGGUGGUAGUGUGAGUUCAAAUGGACGACUGCAGGGUCGCCUUGAAGUUUCUAGGGCCUUUGGAGAUCGCCAGUUCAAAAAGUUUGGUGUUGUUGCUACCCCAGAUAUUCAUUCAUUUGACCUUACAGAAAGAGAGCACUUCAUAAUUCUUGGUUGCGACGGCCUCUGGGGGGUAAUUGGACCAAGUGAUGCUGUUGAUUUUGUUCAGAAACAGUUGAAGGUUAGAGCAAAUAUUCUUCUUAGUGGUCAUUCUGGCUUGCACUGGAUUUUGAAUGUAUAGGUCCACUGGAGGGACUACCUGUUACGGCUAUUAGCCGCUCUCUAGUAAGGGAAGCUGUGCGUGAGCGGCGCUGUAAAGAUAACUGCACGGCAAUCAUAAUCCUAUUCAGGCACAAGUAAUUCCAGGCGCCAACUCCAUAUUGAAAGGAAUACUGUCUACCUGUACCUGUUAUGAAACACAAUAUGGGCUACGUUUGUGUCUUUGGUUGUAUAAGCUGACUAAUUGUUGUCCAUUGGUUAGUUAUUCAGUGAUGAAGUGACCUGGAGUUUUGAAAAAUGCAGCCAUGGAUUAUUGUUGUAGAACUAUAGCUGAAUAUUUAUUGAUAUCUGAUCGCAGCUUUAGCUUUUAUGCUGUAAGUUUGGACUUCAGCUACAUUUCCUUGUAUGAAGUCUCAUAUUGCUAUCUCA